CCGAGGUUCCGCUGGCAACGCAGGUAAACACAGAGCCGCCAGCUGAGCUUGACAGCCCGCCGCUCAAGGCCACGCGACCGUCGCACCUUCACAUCCCUUGACGUUCUACGCCACACCACACACACCAUGGCCCGGGCCGAGAGUGGUUUCAAAAUGGUAGAACUUUCUGUUCCGUCCGAAUCCUCAACACAGGAGAGCCCCCCAGAGGCUGAGGAAGGCCGCUGCAAGAGCCAGAAACAGCCACGCCGUGUCCUACACUUCUCCGACGGCGUCAUGGAAGAGUACAGCAGUGACGAGGAGGAGGGGGAGGAGGAGAAGAAGCAGCUGAACCCUGACCCAAUGCCUGUCAUGGAUCCAAAAACCCUGAAGUGGGGGUCGUGGCUUUACUACUGGAUGCUGUACAGUGGAAACUCAGCCCUGUCCGCCUGUGACUAUAUCGGAGAAAGUUUGGCCAAUGUUCUCGGCAUUACCUCGCCCAAGUACCAGUAUGAGAUAGAUGAAUAUAAUGCAGCUAUUGAGGAGGAGAAAGCCGAGAAGGAAGAGCAAGAUGCACAGAUGGCGGGCUGGACCACCACAGCACCAGCGUCACCCAGUGAAGGAAUCAAACACAAGAUAGUGGACUCCUCAGUGCUACAGGAGCCAUCACAGCCACAGCCUCCGUCCCUGGACCAGGUGGAGUGUGAAAUAGAAGUUCCUUCCCCUAACGAGACACAGCAUUCAGUCCAGAAUGGCGACGCCAACUCGGGAAAGUGGGAGAGGUUCUGAAGGCUUCAUUGAUAUUCCUGUAUGAUGAAGUAUGAAGUACAUUUCUGCCCUCUGAUGCACUAGUGAUUAGUAUGAAUUGUGAUAUCAGCAGUAGCCAUGCAAAUAUGUCUCCAUCAUUAAUAUAGAUGAUUUUGUCGUGGUGAAAUAAGGAUAUGCUAACAGUUUGUUGCAUGUACAUAAAAAUUCUACUGAAUUUUCCUUUUUCUACUUUCAAGACAUGAGUAUGCCACAUGCCUGUCAUAAGGAACAUUUUCCAUCAAAUUUUCUGCAUGGACCAUCAGAGAGCAAAGGUUCUUCAUUUUAAUCUAAUUUGACCCUUUACACACUGUUAUACAUGUCUGUCUUGUUGAAGUUCAGCUCUAAACUCUAAUAAAAAAGAAGAAAAAAAAGGAUACUCUUGAAGAGUCUAGGAAGUGGAGUGAAAAAAUUAAAAAAGGAUAGGUUUAAAGUAGAUAGAGUGAGCAACAAUGAACAUGAGAAUAUGUGGUGACAAAAGCGUGGAAUCAAAGGCUAAGCUUUCUUGUAGAUCUCCCUGAGAUCUUAGAAAACAGUGACUUAGUUACGGCAUUCACAUGAUGAUAAAUUGCACCUGUCCAAGUUAUAAAACAAGGCAUAGCAUUUAAUUUUUAUAAAGAAUAUUUGCAGUAUUGAAGAGAACAUAUUCUAAAAUUUGUCUGGUACAUGACUGUCUAAAACUGGGUUUUAUGUAUCAGAGGAACGAGAUACGGAUAAAGUAAUGCAAUAAGAUCCAAACGGUGUUAGUUGCCUGAACAAAAAAAUAAAGAAAGGGAACUGUUAUGCUAAUACUAAGCAAAGCUUUGGUGAUGGCAAGUUAAAUGUUAAAACUAUGCUGCAGGCAUAUUUUUUGUAUCAGUGUUUAUAGUUAAAAAAUAAUUAAAAUUAAUUAGUUUUAGAUUGCACAUGAUUAUAACUGUGAUUUAUAUCAAUCUCCCUAGUCAGUAAGCACAUACCUCUAUGAUCUUGAAUUUUUAGAACAACACCAAAGAAUGUUCAAAGAUAACUAUAAAGAUAUGAUAUGUAUGUAUGAAUCUGUAUUCUCAUGAUACACACAAUUGGUGGGAACAUGAAGACUCAGAAUCAAAAUGCCUUAGCAAGAGUCUGAUUUUAAGUUACCUAACCAAAAAAAUUCUGCAAACCUUAAAACUUUAAUUAUUAUCAUCAGGGUAUCUAUUUUAUGGUUGUUCAGCGAAUAGGCCAUGAUCAGAUAUUAAGUUUCCCCAAACCAGUUAUUGAAAUAGUGAAUAUGAGGCGUGUCGUGCGAAAGUGAUCUAACCCUCAAAAAUGGCGGGUUGGAGUUACAGGCGGGAACCUGUUGUCCUGAGGUUCAAUUAUCUUGUAGUGAUGUCAGAAAAGGCAAAAGCGAACAUCCUGCAGGGUGUACUAAGGUUUAAAGUGGCUUGUUUUGGUCCAAAAUGUGGUGCAGACUAACUUUAGAUCGGGAGCGAUAGACUUUUUUUCGAUUGAAAAAAUUUGUAUAAAAUGAGGAAUUAGGCACAGCAACAAAUUUUUUUUACAGAACACUUCUUAUUCCAUACACUUUAAAAAUGAACCUAAAACCAUGACUUUCUGGGAAAAAAAAACAGUGCGAGAGGAGAGAGUAAAUAAAAAAUUUGACCGUAACCAAAAUUUUGUUUUAAAUUAUUAAAAACUCAGUGGCAUGAAAGAUCUAGCCUAAACAUUUAAUUUGAUGUAUAAUAGUAAUACAUUGCACCACUUUAUUCGAAAGUAAUCAGUAAUUAACUUUGACCGCUAAUUACUCAAAACUAAGGUCGGGCGGGUUAGCCCACUUUCGCACGACGCGCCUUAUAUGUAACAAUUGAUUCUCAUGUCUCAAUAAUGGUAACCAUGUCAGUUUAAAUAAUUCUGUAGCAUUCAUCAUUUAUAAUUUUCUUUAACGUUCUUAAUUUUUUCCAAACAUGCCAAUCACAAAAGUUAUUUAACCUCUGUGAAACAGAUACAAGGAUUCUGAAUGUCACGAGUAAAAUAUAUAGCACUUCUAUUAACCCUCUCGCGCACCAUAAGUUUCAAUAAGUUUUCUUUUCCGCACUCAUUUCAAACAUCAGGUCUCUCGCCGGUCGAGGCAGACUUUUUAGCGCAUCGAAAAUUUUUGUUUCUCAGCUACUUUCUUCCCCCAAACCUGCAUUUAUCAUUAUACAUAUAUCAAUGGCUUCCAUAUUUGUUGUAGUUUUUCAUGAAUCAAUAAAAAAAAUAUAAUAAUAAUAGUAAUUCACAGGACAGUUUAUGGACAUGGAAUAAAGUGUGCAUAAACAAUUUUUCUACUUAGGUCAUGUUCCCACCUCCAUAACUAAAAACUUUGUGGGUCAACUUUUCAAGGUAGAUGUAUUUAUAAUAGCAGAAUUUUAUCAGGAUUCUUAUGGUUCCUUCAAAUCUCCAAUCGGACAAUUAGCACCAUGAAAUUUUUGUGGAAAAGUAAAAAUAUUGA